GCGCGUAUCCGAUCCGAGAUUGGCCAACAUCCGGGGGGAAAAUCAGGCUUCUUGUGGCUUGUGGCGUGUGCAGUAACCAGCAGCGUCCGUCCGUCGAACGAUGUCGUCAUUUUUUGGCUCUCGAGACCAUGAAGGCUACGUCGGCAGAGAGGAACAUAUGAGAAAGCUGGAGUCGGCCAACUCGGAGGACGAUGGAGAGCUGGUGGAGCUACCGCUCGGUGGACUACAUAUUGCCGAAGGAGUCCGACCGACCGUCGGUGGACCAUUCUCCGCCCUAACACCGUCGAUGUGGCCACAGGAUAUACUGGCAAAGUUGGGCCAACCGGAUCCGAAUGAACCACCGAACCACCAGCCGGACUACCGGUUCGACGAGUUUGGGUUCCGGGUCGAGGAAGAGGACGGGCCGGAACCGAGCUCGAACAAGCUGCUCAGCAUACCCUUCAUGGAGGAUCCGGCCCAGCGGCUGCAAUGGAUCGCACACCUAGAGUUUUCCCACCACAAGGAAGCAACCGAGCUGACCUGGGAAUCGGUCGAUGUGGUGCUACCCCGCACGGAAAAGCUCCGCUCGAUGGUCCGUGCCGGAAUACCGCACUCGCUACGUCCCCAGAUGUGGAUGCGCCUGUCCGGGGCUCUGCAAAAGAAGCUCAAAUCCGAGACGAGCUAUCAGGAGAUUGUGAAAGCGUCGGCCAACGAUCAGCUGAUGACCUCGAAACAGAUCGAGAAGGAUCUGCUACGCAUCAUGCCCACGAAUGCGUGCUUCAGCUCACUCAGCGGCACCGGAGUGCCCCGGUUACGGCGCAUCCUGCGUGGAAUCGCCUGGCUGUACCCCGACAUCGGGUACUGCCAGGGGACGGGCGUUAUUGCGGCGUCACUGUUGUUGCUGCUCGAGGAAGAGGACGCCUUCUGGAUGAUGGCAACGAUCGUUGAGGAUCUGCUGCCGGCUUCGUACUACUCCUCGACGCUACUGGGCAUCCAGGCCGAUCAGCGUGUCAUGCAGACGCUUAUCGGUAGCUACCUUCCGGCCGUCGAUGAUGCGCUCAAACGGCACGACAUUGAACUGUCGCUCAUCACUCUUCACUGGUUCUUGACGUUGUUCGCGAGCGUGGUACACAUGAAGAUCCUGCUUCGUAUCUGGGAUUGGUUCUUCUACGAUGGUUCGAUCGUACUGUUCCAGCUGACGCUUGCACUGCUCAAGCUGAAGGAACCCACCGUCAAGGAGCUAGAGAAUUCGGCCCAGAUCUUCAACUCUCUGUCCGAUCUACCGGGCGAUAUCGACGAUGUAGAGGCCCUGUUUGCGGCUUCGCUCGACGUCGGUGGAUCCCUUUCGCCCAUGGUCAUCGAAACGCAUCGACGGCGCCAUCUUGCCUACCUCAUGGCCGAUCAAGGAGCGUUGGUAGGGAACCCGGAAGCGACCGCUAACCUACCGAAGCAACAGCUCGCUCGUCGACAGUUGAAGAAAUCCAAAUCCAUGCUCCAGACGAUCCUGUUCGGUGUGGCCGGAGCCAGCGGAACCGAGGGAGAGGACGAACUGAAGUGUAAGAACAUUCGCACGACGGAACUGUUGGUGGAUCUGCGAGAAGCGAUCCUCAAGGUGGCUCGUCACUUCCUAGCGAUCGAACCAAAGCUCUCCGCUCACAUCCAGCUAGUGGCGGACUACGGUAUGGGUAGCCAUGCGAAGGAUCACGAGAACUACAUUAACGUCUCGAGGACACGCAGCCGACGGGCGAAGGCACUGCACGACUUCGAGCGGCAUGACGAUGAUGAGCUGGGCUUCCGCAAGAACGACAUCAUUACGAUCGUGAGCCAAAAGGACGAACACUGCUGGGUGGGAGAGCUGAACGGGCUGCGCGGUUGGUUUCCGGCCAAGUUCGUGGAGCUGCUGGAUGAACGCAGCAAACAGUACAGCUGCGCCGGGGACGAUGCGAUCUCGGAGACAGUGACGGAUCUGGUACGUGGUACGCUAGCACCGACCAUCAAGCAGGUGCUGGAGCAUGGUAUGAAGCGACCCUCGUUUCUCGGUGGUCCCUGCCAUCCGUGGCUGUUUAUCGAGGAAGCGGCCACCCGUGAGGUGGAGAAAGACUUUGAAUCCGUCUACUCACGGUUGGUGCUGUGUAAAACGUACCGAUUGGAUGAGGACGGUAAGGUGCUGACACCCGAGGAGCUACUGUACCGUUGCGUACAGGCCGUCAACCAGAGCCACGAUGCCGCUCAUGCGCAGAUGGACGUGAAGCUGCGCUCGCUGAUCUGUCUCGGGUUGAACGAGCAGGUACUACACCUGUGGCUGGAAACACUGUGCAGCUGCACCGAAAUUGUUCAGAAGUGGUACCAACCGUGGAGCUUCGUCUACUCGCCCGGUUGGGUGCAGAUCAAGUGCGAGCUGCGGCUGCUGUCCCAGUUUGCCUUCAAUCUCAACCCAAACUGGGAGCUACCGGCAAAGCGGGAAGCGGUCCAGAGUCAACCGCUCAAGGAUGGAGUGCGCGAUAUGCUCGUCAAGCAUCAUCUCUUCUCCUGGGACCUUUAAUGCCUUACCCGCUGGUCCCGUCCCACUUCUGUUCUGUGCUGUGUACUGAGCUACUACCAUUAUUACUACAACUACUACUCAGCUACUACCAGCUCAUGGUUCCUUUUAACGUUAAUUUUCGAUCUUAUUUUUUUUAAUCGUUAACCACCUCAACUGUGGUGUUGUUGUUUGUUUUAACCGUUUUAAUCCAGUCAAUCGUUACUUUAAGUUAUCGCCAAGCAAUCCGUUAUUUUAUUUUAUUAUUUCGUUAACAAAAUCGUAGUUUAAUAUUGUUUUUUUUUUCAUUCCUACCUGUUCGCGAGUGCGUUUGCAGUAUUAUACGGCGAGAUACCGCGGGGUCUGACUUCUGCGGGUUCCAGGAACGCUUUACUUGAGAUUUUCCUUCGAUAGGAAGUAACGGAUCAAAGGAAUCCAACGAGCGGUUUCCAAGCACAUUACGGCUACUAUGAUUGUUCCGGCGUGGUGACGAAUGGAUGGAUGUUGUGUCAAGUGUUGUGCUGAGCUUGUGUUUCGUGAUCCCCAUCGUCCUAUGUGUGCGCACGUGUGCUGGCACAAUUGACUCCACUUUAUUCCGUUCGGUGUGUACUGCUACUGAAUCUUCUUAGAUAGAAUUAUGUAUAAUAAUGCAAGAAUCAAAGCGACUAGACAAGGCAGGCGGCAGGUACCUAGCAAAAGCAGAGGGGGCAGAGGACAACUUACAAACCAAAACCCAAGUGCAAAUAUGCUUUCCACAGCCUUUAAUCAACACAAAUUUAAACUGCUUGUCCGUUUGAGAAGGGGUGGGCGAGGACGAAUCAAAUAUACAUAUAUCUAGGUUAUAAGAAUGCCUCGGCGCAGCUACAGACUAGUAAAAUAAAUAUUUAAUCCCAAA